UAAAUUUGAGGUUAAGGGUUCCAUGUAGAAGAAAACUCUUCAGGGGAAGGAUCAGGUUUUCUUUUUUUGCUAUGAUGACUCAGAACGAUGGAGCAAAAAAACACUGUGCUGUCACCAAGUUAACUCGUUCUGAUUUCAAUCUGCGGCGGCCCCGAGGCGAGGAGGGGCGCCAAACCAAUCCCGGUUAUCUGUAAAACAGACCCAUGCCGAGUCUUGGAGUUUGUGCAGCUGUUGAUCUCUGUUCCUUUGCAGCAAUACCUCCUCCCUACGUGAUAGCUGCCUCAGCUUGGACGAGUGUGAGAAUAUCCAGCUCUUCCUUAGGACUUGAGGCAUGGCUGGGAGCAGAGUUCAUGUCAAAGCUUGUUUAAACACUUCCAAUAUAAAUCUAUUUUAAAGCAGAAGCAUUUGAGGAAAUAACAUACAGAAGUUUAUUGCAAGCAUACAUAUAAGCUGUCUUUAUUUAAAGAUCCGCAUUGAUGGGCAUUUUGUGGAACCACUCUGAAGGCAGUGUUCAAAAAGCUUCAUUAACCUCUUGUCUUCUGCUGUUUGGGCAGUGUCUGACCCCAGUGCUUGGGGGCUGUGUGGAGAUCCCUGCCUGUAGUGGGGUCACCCCUUGAGGAUGAGCCACAAAGAUUCAUUUGUUAGACUGGCAUUGGCCGGAGGUUUGUGCAAGCUGGUGGCCUCUUCUACCCAUCAUUAUUUCCCAAACAGAACUCAGCUAAGUAAAAGAGACACAGAUAGUGCCUACAAUUUCAUGACAUGAAGAAACAGCCUGUUACUGGAGUCCCAGACCUUUGCUUCCUUAGCCUCUGCAGUUCUGGCAUGUGGAAAGCCCAGAAGCACUGAAGUAUCCCGCUCAAGCAGCUGAAUGUUAUCAACCUCUCCAAAGCCUGAUUUGCCUUUGAUAUAGACUUAAUUGUUUGCGUCAUCUACCAGGCUGGGAGAGGGCUAUAAAAGGGACUGCAACCAUUGUCUGAGGCAGAAGAGAUACACCAGGAAUAGCUCCUUCUCCCAGUGUUUCUCACUCAGCACUAGUAUCAGCCUGUGCAUCAUGCAGCUGGUGGCCAGCCUGGUGUCUGUGCUGCUUUUGGUGUGGAGCGUGAGAGCCACGGCACUGCCCGGGGAGGAGAGACUGCCGAGCACCAGGGAACAGAGUACCCUCCGCAAGGAUGUUGUCCUGAAGAUGCUGGCAGGCCUGCUGGAUGGCACAGAUAUGGGGCGUGAGGCAGCCUUCCCGGAUAUGGAGGAGGAGGGCAAGCUGGAGGAGGAGCAGGCACUGCUGGGGCGGCUUGCCCAGCUCUCACAGCGGGACCGCAAGGCGCCCUGCAAGAACUUCUUCUGGAAAACCUUCACCUCCUGCUAGUGCUGCCCAGCCUGGCCUUGCCAGCCUGCAAACACCUUCCCCACAGCUCAUCUUCCUUGUCCACCUAGCUCCCUUUCUGUGCCCUGCACCCCUCAGAAUAAAGUAUAUCGCCUCUCA